GAUGUCACACAAGCCUAUAAUGCGAUUGCAAAUAACAUCCGGGGCAUUCUAGUUCAAGCUAUUUUCAUCGCGGGAACGCUGUGCUGUGUAGUCUGGAAUGUAGUCUGCAGGAAGGAGUGACUGAUGUUGGCACGACCUGACAAGUAUGUCCCGACAUCGACUUAGAAGUCGGAACAGGAAUGCCAGCAACAGUAGCAUCAUCACCACCACCAACACCACUACGACCACCAAGAGCAACAACAACAACAAUAACAGCAGGACGAUAAGGAACCAAGAGAAGAUGCCUGAAGGGGUAACGACGAAUGGGGCGACGAUCUCAGUGACGCAUACGAAUGGGGACCUCUGCGCAGGAACAACUCCAGUGGACGACGAUGUCUCACGUAAGAGAAGAAGAGCAGCAGAAGAAGAAGAUGCCAAUUCAAUGAUUGCGUCCGCACCGGUACCUGGCAAAGGCAAGCCAAAGAGGCGGAGACUUGAAAAGUCUGAAGAAAUCACAGAUGUAGAAGUCCCAAUCAGUGCUGUAGCUGCCAAGUCCAUCUCAAGUAACGGCACAGAAACCCCAGCAAGAUCAACACUCCUUGGAACCAUCUUCUCACCAGUCUAUCAGUUCUUCGGAGGUUCGCCAACAGAGAACAAAGAGAACCUGACGGCCGUCCCUGAGAACCUGGACCUGGACGGAGUGGACCUGGACAAGGAGAACAUAUGUACGGAGUUGAAUACAGCCAUACCGACCACAUCAGGAGCAGGGGGAGACGGCACCAGGACAACCAUGACCACUAUAGUCCCUCCCGACAUUCACAACUCAGGCCCGGUGGCCUGCCUCACUGAGGAAGAGGAGUUGGAGAGGGAGAAAGAGGAACUUUAUAAAGAUGCGAAUCACAAUGAUUGGCCUCCAUGUCAGAUGCAGUAUGCAACAUACGAACCCAUCGAACCAGACUUCAGCAUAGAAGAUGAGUGGGAAACGUUUGAUCCAUACUACUUCAUCAAGCAGCUCCCUCCUCCUACAGAAGAGCAGAAGAAUCGCACUCCUGUCCUCCCCCUCAAGACUAGACGCUCCCCAAAGUACUCACUGGUUCUUGACCUGGAUGAGACUUUGGUCCACUGCAGUCUUGCUGAGAUGGAGAACUGUACCAUGUCAUUCCCUGUAUACUUCCAAGACAAUGAGUACCAGGUAUACGUAAGGACUCGACCAUUCUUUCGUGACUUCUUGGAGCGUAUGUCAAAGAUCUUUGAGAUCAUCUUGUUCACAGCAUCAAAGAGAGUGUAUGCAGAUAAGCUGUUGAAUCUGCUUGAUCCAGAAAAGAAGCUAGUCAGGCAUCGUCUGUUCCGAGAGCACUGCAUCUGUGUACAGGGCAACUACAUCAAGGAUCUCAACAUUCUAGGAAGGGACCUCACCAAGACUGUCAUCAUUGACAACUCUCCUCAAGCAUUUGGAUAUCAGUUGGAGAACGGUAUCCCCAUUGAGAGUUGGUUUGCAGAUGACAAUGACUCAGAACUGCUCAAGCUGGUCCCGUUCUUAGAAAGCCUUGUGUCAAUGAACGAAGACGUUAGGCCGCAUGUGAGGGAGAAGUUCCGUCUCCACGAGCUGUUACCUCCAGACUAAAAACAUCAGAGCUUUCCCCAGCAAGAAAGAGCACCAUAAAAGAAUCUUGUAUAGAAGUGUAUUUUUGUGAGCUAGAAUGCAAAAAACAACAAAAAAAUGAGAAAGAGAAUCAGAAAUAUUUCUAUGAAUGAUGACAGAUUUUUAACUAUCAUGUACAAAGUAAAAAAACAAAACCUCUUCAUUACAAUUGCUUGUUGUCUUUUAAGGCUGUGUAAAUAACAUUCAUCUGAUUUCAUUGUGUAAAUACUCUGUAAGUAGACUUAUGGCCAAUUUUCUUUGUGCGAGACAAGGCUGCCAUAAUCAAAGCUUUCAAUGUUAGUCUUGAUUUUAGAGUUACAAAUAUGAAGAACGUUGUAUUAUACAUUUUCUUGUGUUUUUAUUCAACAGAAUAUUUUGAGUGAACAUUAUAAGUUGUAUAGCUAUUCAUGCUAGUUUAAGUAAGAACAAAUUGGGUUACAUUCAAUUGGUUUUAAAAGAUAUGAAGUAGGUAUUGAUAGAGUCUAUUUAAGUUGUUAUUUACUCAAUAGGGUAAUAUUUCAAUCAUUUAUUUUGAGAUCACUUUUUCUUUUCUUUUCUGUUUUGGUUUGAAAUCUUACAUGGGGUAUGAAGAAAGAUGAAUAUUUCUUACAAGUGGUCUUCUAUUUUAAAUUUUUCAUAGAAUUACCAUUUUUCAUCUUUAUUAUAUCAGAACGAGAAAAAUGGUUUUAAAAGGAAGAUAUUUGACUGUUAUUUUAUUGUGGGGCUUGCCUAGCCAUAUGCUUAUUUAUUUGUUUUUAUAGUUGGAAAAGAAAUCAUAUAAAGUGCCAAAACUAAGUAAGUACUGCUCUGAAUGGAAGACAAAUUGCAUCAACAGGUGGACCAAACAGGUUGCGAAGUUUCUUUACAAUUUUUUUUGUUGUUGAGGCAAAUUCUUUGAAUCUUUUUAAGUCCUGAUUUUUUAAAGACAUUUUGAUUUUUUAAAUUCCAUUAAUGGCGAGAUCAUGAUAAAUUGAUAUCUUUGAAGUGAUUAAAAAGGAAAAUAGGAAAAGAUGAACUUAUGGAAUUCCAUCCAGUAUAAAGAGAGUAACUUUUUUUAAUCUGUUUACAAAUGAAGACUAGCAAAUUGGGGAUUUUUAUGCCAGCAACUUGUAGUUUUCCCAUGUAAAUAUCUAUACAUAUGUUUGUAAAUAUUAUGAAAAACUCAUAUCUUUGUAUAGAAUUAUUAUCUGUAAUUUCUUCUUUCCUAUAUUCGUCUUGCUUUAAAAACUGCCUUUUUCGUUGUUGUGAGUAGUACUCGAUUUUGAAUUUUGAAUCCCUUGUAGUAGUUUUAAUCUUUUUAUCUAUCCUAAAUUUUGCCCCAAAUAAUGCAGGCGAUUUUAAGGCAUUUUUUUAAAAAUUGUUUUUUAAUCAUACUGUAUACUCUGAUGACAAUCACUGUUGGAAAUUGUCUUACUUCUGUUUUCAACCAUUGGUAGUGAACUUUUUCUAUUUUCUUUUCUUUUUAAAACUUUAAAUAGAAUUAACUAAUUUGUUAGGUUUUAAUAAAGUCUUUUGUAAGGUACCUCCUUAAGAAUUCCCCUUAAUGUAUGGUAUGAUAAUUGUACAUUUAUACAGUUGUACAUUAUCUGAUCAAAGUGACUUCAGCCACUUUUUCCAACAAUCAUUAUUCAACAAGCAACUUUCUAAAAGAUUUAAAUGGGAGACAUAUUUUUGGCUUUCAAGGCUGUCUUCUUGGUGUAGUGUUUCAACUGAGUAUUAUCAUACUCAAAUAAUAUAAGUUAUUUACCGGUAAAUAGAAAAAAUAUUAUUCCAUGUUUUCUUGAUAAUAUUUUUCUAUUAGGUAAGUGUCUCACAAUCCACUUAUGUAAGGGUACUGGUCACUGCACGUAAAUUACAGUCACAAAUAAGGCAACUCUGUUUUGAAAUAUAAGAGUUUGCACCUUUCAGCGAGUAACUUAUUACCAUUCCCAUUUUAUGAAAGAAAUUCAAUCAUGCUAGCCUGAUUUCUGUCAUGGUUCUUAUUAGUUUUUAUAUCUUGUUUUCAUUGUAAAAAUGUACAUAGAUAUGCUGCUUAUUUCCCUUUCCAUUUUUUCUAUCAUAUGUGAAUGAACUGAAAACAUGUCAAAAGGUGAUCCACUUCAUGUAAAAAGAUGCAUAAAUUGGGAGUGUUUUACUUGUUGAAUUGUUAGUUUUCACCCAUCCAUCAUCAACUUUUAGGUCAUCUUGUUGCCCUCUCCUUAAUGUUAGUUGCCAGUGUAAUGUAAUGAUGCUGUUAAGUCAUAGUGUCAAUGAGUAUAAUGAAUGUAAGUAGGAUUGUUGGAAAACAUUGAAAUAUAGCCCCCUGAAGCCUGCAGUCUUUUUAUGCUACGUAUUGCAAUAGGAAUUCUGUUUUUUAUAGAAAGCAUUUAACAUAGAGGUUGUAACAAAUGUGUUAUACUGUAGUGAUUUACAACAUAUCAUCUUUAAUGACGGGUCUCUGUGUGAUGUACUUACAUUCAUACGUGUACUUUCUUUGUUAAUGUUAUUAGUGCUUUCAGCCUUGAUUCAACCAAUGUAAUACCACAGAAAAUCAUCGUUGAUACACGACUAGGUAAUUGCCUCAAAAAUCCGCUUUGGCAAAAUAUUUUUUUUUUAAAAACAACAUGUAAGCGUAUAGCAAAUGGGGAGAAAAAACAGUAGCCACAGGCAUGAAGACCCCCAAAGGGGUACUGUUCUUUAUGUUAUAAAAUGCUGUAACAUGAGGCAGUGAGGCUUGGUUCGCUUAGCAAAUUUUGUUUUUGUGGCCCAGCAGGUUUUUUAAAGACAGUAUACAGCAGUGUGUGUUGGUGAACGAGGCUUUAUGCAAAUUUCUGCAGGUUGGACUUCUUCAUAUGAUUCUUAACCAUUUCAAUCUCAAUAUGAUGCCAUUGAAAGGACUAACUACAACUACCAUUAGUCCCGAUUUGUACAUUUAUGUUGAAAUAGAACACAAUGAAAUAGUUCAGCUGUAUUAGUAUUUUGUGAACAUGCCCCACAUGUGCUAUUUGAUGUUGUGUUGUAUCAACCAGGCUUAGAUAGGAUUUCAUUAAGGUUUCUCUUUGGAUGCUGCUUUGUGUUCUUGAUGUCACAAAUUGCUUUUUCACAAGGUUAAGGAAAAUACAUCUUCAGCAUAUCAUCAAUCAGUAGAUACGCUAAUCAAAGCAUAUGUAGAAAGAGUGAUUGCUUCCAUGAACACAUUUUUCAGACCUCCUUAACUUAAUAUGCUGCUUUCCUGUAAUUGAUGUUCAUAAUUAGAUUUUUAUCUAAGCGUACCAUGCACUGGGAAUAUAUAGUAGGGUCUAAUGGUUGUGAAAUUCAGCUGAAAUUCUUUUAGUGCUUCCCAAGAAAAUAAUGCAUCCAGUUUAAGUAUGUUCUGCUUUUUUUAAGGUGAAAAUCUUGGUCAAAUUUUAGGUUGAAUAUUUACAAGUGAAUAUCAGAUACCUUUUUGCUAUUUUAUGGUUAGAUAUUUCAUUGAGGCAUAUCGUUUUCUCAAUCACUGUUCAUCAUAUCACUUAACAGAUAUGCUGCAUGUCGACUAAGUACAUAUUUUGCUAGUUGACCAUUGAGCAUUGUAUGAGGCAAUGGGUUCUUAGCACUUCAAUAUGUGUGCCACUUCCUCUCUCCUCUACUUUACCUCUUCUCCUCUAUAGAACAUCCCAUGGAACCGACAAGGCCAUGAGACUGACGACCUGACAUGUCAGUUGUGUGGGCUGUCAGUCUCGUAAAGUGUAGGUCUUGUGAGCUAUAGCUGUACUCUGAUUCUUUUCACUCUUCUGCGAUGGUAGUGAAUGUGACGUAAAUUUAGUAAGAAAAGAGGAUGCAAUUUGCUAAAGGUACAUUGGAAAUGAUUGAUAAGUACAAAAUAUUGUUAUUUCCCUACCCCAAUAGCAAUGUACCCUUUUUAAACCCACAGACGAUGAAGCUGAAGCAACGAGGAAAGGAGUAAAUUUUAAGAAGUUUUGGAAUGAUGCAUUGUGUUAAAAGGGUCUAACAGUGAUUUUGUGGACAAGAUUUCAGAUAUUUUUUCACAAUCUGAUAAAUUAUUCAUUUAUUCAUGGACAAAGAAAGAAAAGGACAUCUGUCCCUGAGAUUGAAACCAUUCUUUUCCUUUCUUGCAUGAUAUCAAUCUUCUUCUUUGCACAUUCUGGAGUUGUAAGACCCUUGCUUCUAAGCUCAAUAUUUUACGCCACUCUGCAAAUGCUGCGUUCUGUUUGUAGAAACAGCUUUUGAAAAUCCAUGCAAAAGUGGAGUUAGCAUGUGCUUUACAAAUAUACACAUGAUUAUUUUCACAUUUUCCAUAUGAGUAUUCAGCACACUUUACGUAACCUUUGUAAUGUAAUUAUCAUGGAAAAAAAUAUUGUACCAGUAUUUCAAUUUGCACUCCCUCAGACAGUUUAUAGCGUUUAAUAUGUCUGAGAUUUUUGUUCCUGUUUAUGUAGCUACCAAUUACUCUCUGUGUGUUGAAAGCAUUACAUUAUUGGCACAAAGAGGCACUGACAGGAGCUUGUAAAACAGUUGUGGUAAAUAUAAGGUUAAUCCCCUUUUCUGUCACACAUGUCUUGGAAAGUUUUCAGGAAGUGAUCAAAUGUUGCUUUAAUAUGACAAGUUGAAGUGUUUAAUUUAUGGUUUACAUGGCUAGAAGUCGACAGUCAGUGGCAUACUAUACUUGUGGGCUAGGGUUUUGACUAAGCCACCAAUCCUGUGUUCAUCUAAUGAUAAUAGGGUAAAUGUUCUUAUAUUUAUCAUGUACAUGAAAUCAUAUUCGUUCAUUUUACUACUUUACUUACAGCUGUAGAGUUACAAAUUGUAUAUACUGGCUUCAUCAUGUUUACAUGUUAAAAAAAUUAGACUUCAAGAAUGGAUGUAAAAUAACCAGUCAUCCUGAUUAUGUGUUUACCAAUGAUUUCACUUUAUAAAUAAAGAGGCUUUCAAGUACACUAUGCCCCAAUGUAUACUUGGCCAACCUGUAAAUUCCCUUUUUUGUUUGUUUAAUGAUCAACUAGUGCUAGGAAAAUGGUUUACUGUGUUUUACUAAGGGCUUUUCAAUCUUGUUUUAAGGAGAGCAGCAAAUGGGGCUUCAUGAUCAAGAGACACAAAUGAGAUGUCAAAGCAUUGUGUUGUUUGCACUUUUAUCUAGAAAUGUUAUAAUCAUUGUGCUAAACAAUAUCUGUAUUUUUAUAAAGUACAGGAGGUAUCUUUAGGCUGGAUGAUAUGUCUCGUGUUAGGUUCUGGUUUGUUUCUGGCAUCAUUCAUUGUGAUUGAAAAUAUAUAGGGAUUGUUUUAUUUUAGAACUAUGUUCUCUCUUGUAACCUGAAAAAAUAUAUUAAAACAAGUGAAAAGAAGAUGAAAGUUCCACAUUAAUUACUGAACGGUUCAUUCAUUGUUCUUUUAAUCUUGGUCUUUGAUUGUUUUUACAUCAAGUUUGUUGGAUAUUGAUUCAUGGCUGAAAACAAUUUCCUUUCUCAAAUCAUUCCCCUUAAUAUCGACUCAAACUAGCUCAAAAUAAUGCGUUGAAUAUUAUUGCAAUUGCAACGUAGCCUACUCUUCAAAUCAUUUAUUUUUGUGACUUUGUAUGGCGUCAAAGCUAUGACAUUCAGGGGUUUUCUAGUUACUGGAGUUCACCUAAUAUUGUAUUUGUGUUUCAGAUCUUGUAACAUAUGACCCUCUGUUAUGAUGUUUAGAUCAAUGUACAUGUAGUUGAAUGUAGUUAUCACCUUAUUGUACAUACCUCUUCAUUUAAUCUGUGUGAUUGCUUGUGCCUUUCUGGCUUGUCUACCAUUAAAAAACAGUUCAACACCCCUAAA